GCUGAGGCGGCCGCCAUGGCGUGGAGGGCGGGGAUCGGCGCUGCAGGCGGGCUAAGCUGUCAGCAUCUGGUGAGCAAAUGUCUCCACACCACGAUGGGGUUUCUGAAAAAAACUGGAACUGAGCACUGGUGGUUGGAGCGGCACUUGAAGGACCCCUUUGUCAAGGCAACGAAGCAGCAGAAUUACCGCUGCCGAAGCGCCUUCAAAUUGCUGGAAAUCGAUGACAAGUUUCACAUUCUAUGUCCAGGACUUUCUGUUCUUGACUGUGGAGCUGCGCCCGGUGCUUGGAGCCAGGUGGCUGUAGAGAGGGUCAACUCUUUAGGUACUGAUCCUGCUGUCCCCACUGGCUUUGUCCUUGGCGUUGAUCUCCUGCGGAUUUCACCUCUGGAAGGAGCAGUUUUCCUGUCACAGGCUGACAUUGCAGACCCAGGCACGCUGAAGACAAUCCAGAGUCUGCUUCCUGCAGAGAAGGUGGAUGUUGUCUUGAGUGACAUGGCACCCAAUGCGACAGGAAUUAAAGAACUGGAUCAUCAGAAGCUGAUCAAUCUUUGUUUAGGCCUUCUGAAUCUGUCCCGAAGCAUUUUAAAGCCAAAAGGAACAAUGCUCUGCAAAUUCUGGGAUGGACGGGACUCCCAUCUUCUGCAAAAGAGACUGAAGGAGCAGUUCCAAGAUGUGAGAGUUAUAAAGCCUCAGGCCAGCCGGAAAGACUCUGCUGAGUCUUAUUUUUUGGCAAGACUGUACAAAGGGAAAUGAAAGCUAAGAUCCACAGAUUAUCAAACAGGUCACCAGACACUGAUUGGAAAUAGGCAUUUAGUGUGUGUUUAAAAUAAAAACCUAGCAUUAAAACCCUUGGAAAAUCUGCCACAAGUCUUACAAAGCACAUCAUGCUUUUCAAAUAGAAAAAUGAGGAUAGUGUCCUCCUGAGUUUAUCCACUAAUUAUAUGGGCAGAGCAUCCAGUCUAGCUUCUCACCUGUGGAGAAAAUGGUUGAGAAUGGAAAGGAGUAAUCUGAAAGGCAACCUGUGGGGCUGGAGUAAUGGAAGUUAAAAUAAAACUGUGAUUAUGUGAGUUUUUA